AUGGAGUACUCUGCUCGAUCUGCAUUCGACAGGCUAAUUACGCAUUUGGACCAAUCUCUCCAGGCAUGUGGGAAGCUCUCCGACCAGUUACUGCGUAUUACUUUGGCGAACCGUACGCCGUACUGGGACCAGAUGCAGCGCCGUUUUAAAGCGUUGGUGGCAAGGCAGAGUACCCUCUAUCGGCCACUGCACAAUUAUCAAGCUCUACAGAGCCUUCGGAUGCACGAGAGCGAAAGCAACAUCCUCCUUCUCAGCGCUUGCAAUACAGCUGCUAUCAAAGAAAUGAGGAACGUACUCGUGAAUCAAAUAUCCAAUAAGGCUGGAGCUCCUCGCGAACCAGCAGAGGCAAGUCUACGGCCGACGGCAUUUCUGGGCGAAGUCAACUUCCAUCCUGAAUUGAGUCAACUACGUCCAGGGAAACACGGUUGGAUGUUCGCCAUAUUUGGCGAGCAAAAGGACUUCAUUAAGAGCGCUAAGUCCUUCAGGGUCAUCCGGAAUGAUAGCGAAGAUUAUGGAGUCUACAUUGCAUCAGAAAUCCGUGGAGUCUCCAUGCUAGGGCUUGAAUUUCUCACUUUGGAUCAGCAGCUGCGGGAUGAAGUCCUCCGAGUCUGUAGCCAGACAGAGAGCUCAAUCGAUGGGCUUCGGCAGGAGGUCAUGUUUUCCAGAGCUCCUAUAGCCUGCCUUUUCCUUCGGUGCGUUGCCAAACCACCACCAAGUGCCCGUCCUGGAGAAAAAGCAAUUGGCGACUUUAAGCAGUGUGCUCAGCCAGUGGCAAUGCAUACGCCGCCGCCUCAGCCUUUCGGCCCUCAUGGAAUAUUGAUUCGUAGCGCGACGCCAACCACCCGGACGCGCGCCCUUCAGGAAGCAGUGGAAGCACAGCGUCGGAUGUUGGCCUUGAUAGCCACCGCUUCCAAGCCGACCUCCUCCUCAGCCUCCGGACCCUUUCCAACAGGCAAUGCGUCGCCCAUUGGGAGCACCCAAUAUAUGAGUUAUCCUAGCGCUGUUCAUCCACCAGCAGGAAAUAUCUCCUUGGCAUCUACACAGUCCUUCUACGAGCCCGCCUACGAGGGUUAUCAGAACUCCCAUGCUGCUCAGCGUAACGGCUUCCAAACUGGCGAAGCAGGGCUCUCGUUCGAUGAAACAGUCGCCAUCCACGCCGAGUCCUCCGAACGAUCUACCCAAUCUUGGCCACACAACUCGGAGGCGCACGUUGGGCAUGUUCCCGCUAACCAGUAUCAGGCCGACAAUUUCUCCCAGUACGGCCAGCCCGGUCACUCAAACAUGAACACCUGGGCGCCCCCUUACAAUCCGACCUUAAAUGAAAUGCAGGACGACAAUGCCCAAUGGCAAGCGACCGAGGAGGAUCCCGGCCCGAGUCACCCUUCGGCGUUCGAGCUGGCGUUUCGUCCAUACCAAUCUUGA